AGUUGUUAUUUAAUUUAUUGGUAUUUUUAUCUCAUAUGUAUUGGUCAAUUGUCAACUUUUGACUUUAAUUCCUUGAGGGUUCGUCAAAUUUGUCCUUCUAUAAAUACCCAUACAUGCAACGUUCUCUCACCACUCAUCAAUCGUUUUGUUUUUCCAUUUACUAAUCAAACUUGAAAAAUUCAUUAUUCAUCUAGCUAGUGUUAUUUUAUAUUGAGAGAGAAAUAAAAAAGCAUGACAUUCAUUCAAUUUGCAAGUAUGUUAGGCAUGGUGACAAUUUUGUUUGUGUUAUGUAAAGUUUUAUAUUCUUGGUGGAUUAUGCCUAAACUCAUGUUUAGGAAACUUAAGGCAAAUGGUUUUGAGGGACCAAAACCUAAUUUUCCACUUGGGAAUAUUAAUGACAUGAAGAAAGAGCUAAUGAUGAAGAGAACUUGUUUUACUUCUUCAUCUUCUUCUAUUAAUGAGAUUAGCCAUGAUAUUCAUUCAUUGGCAUUUCCUUACUUUGCUACAUGGCAAAAAUUGCAUGGAAAAGUAUUUACAUACUGGCUAGGGACAGAACCAUUUGUCUACAUUGCUGACCCAGAAUUUAUCAAGAAGAUGUCUGCUGGAGUUAUGGGUAAAACUUGGGGAAAACCAACAGUGUUUAAAAGGGAUAGAAAGGCCAUGUUUGGUAAAGGACUUGUUAUGGUAGAAGGAGAUGAAUGGGUUAGACAUAGGCAUAUUAUUACUCCUGCUUUUACCACAGCCAAUGUGAAGGGCAUGGCAAACUUAAUGGUUGAUUCCGCCACACACAUGCUAGACCGUUGGGCUAGACUCAUCGAUUCCGGUAACGCGGAAAUCGAUGUAGAGUCCGAAAUCAUAGACACGGCAGGAGAAAUCAUCGCAAAGACAAGCUUUGGGAUUAGCUACGAAGAAUGUGAAAAAGUAUUCAAAAAAUUAAGAAACAUGCAAGUGACACUAUUUAAGUCUACCCGUUACGUCGGGGUACCUUAUGGGAACCAAAUAAUGUGUCUAAAAGAGACGUUAAAAGCCCAUAAUCUAGGCAAGGAGAUCGAUUCGCUCCUCAUUUCGAUUAUUGAGGAGCGAAAAAGAAAAAGCGUUGAUCGUACAGAGCACGAUCUUCUGAGUCUGUUGUUAGCGGGGAACGGGAGGAUGUUGAGUACGAGGGAAAUGGUGGAUGAAUGUAAAACGUUCUUCUUCGGUGGACAUGAGACCACAGCGCUAGCACUGGCCUGGACUUUGUUGUUGUUGGCACAGCAUCCAGAGUGGCAAAAUCAACUCAGAGAGGAAAUCAAACAAGUGAUGGGUGAUGAUGGUGAAAUAGAUGUCACUAAGCUUGUUGGUCUUAGGAAGAUGGGAUGGGUGAUGAAUGAAGUACUAAGACUAUACUCACCAGCACCAAAUGUGCAAAGGCAAGCUAGAGAAGACAUUAAAGUGGAUGAUUUGGUCAUACCUAAUGGAACAAAUAUGUGGAUUGAUGUGGUGUCCAUGCAUCAUGAUAAGACACUUUGGGGUGAAGAUGUGAAUGAGUUCAAACCAGAGAGGUUUAAGGACGACAUCCAUGGUGGAUGUAAACAUAAGAUGGGAUUUAUGCCUUUUGGGUUUGGAGGAAGGAUGUGCAUUGGUAGGAAUUUGACUAUGAUGGAGUACAAGAUUGUCUUGUCAUUAAUCUUGACAAGGUUCUCCUUUUCCAUCUCACCAAACUAUAAACACUGUCCCUCUAUCAUGCUUUCUCUUAGACCCACACUAGGUUUACCUCUUAUACUCCAAUCACUUUAAUUUAGCAUAGUAGAAUAAUCAACAAACUAUUACCUGGUUAAGCUCUAAGAGGCAGCCAAAUCUAUCUGAAUUUUGUUUUUGUACUCUUUACUAUAUUCUUCUUAAAAAAAAAUUACACAGGAGAAUGAGGAGCAAUGGCUUACAGAAGUAGACCUCAUUUUCCAGGAGUCGAAUUCAUGUACUGAUUAUAAUUUAUAUUAUCGAAGUGAAAUGCAUAAUAGUUGAAUACUUACUCAUGACAAGAGAUACUGAGAGAGUGAGCAUAACAAAUGAAUAUUAAGUUGCAGUAAAAUUAGAGAUGUUGAAUCAUAAACGAUGCAACCAAGUGAUCAACAAACUAAGAGAACCAUAAGAUUUCAAAUUCCAACAGAACAAAAGAUACUAGAUAACUCCGUUCCAUUCGAUAGUUGUAUUGAUGAGAGGUUGAAAUAAUCCAAGUGCGCAAAAGCAAUCCAGACACCAUGGUCAUCACCAAACAAACAAAAAAAGAAAAUUAUAAAUGAAUAUGAGAAGAAACGAAGCAGGUCAAACACAUCCAACCUAACUGCAACCAAUUAAAGGGUAAAGGAUCCAUUUGCAAAAGUGAAAUACACACUCAAAAGAGAUGUAACAAAUUUUUCAAGAAGUAACCCUGGUAAAUAUAAAGAGGUUAAACUUUGUACUGUUUUUUUUAAAAGAAAUUAUCUGAAAGCCCCUAUGGUUUCCACACCCAAACUGUGUCUUCAUGACUUAAGUUCUAAGUAGGGAGUAGGAUAAAUAGUGAUAUGAGUCCAAAAAAAAAAUGAA